AAAAAAAAUAAACAAAAGAUCUCGACGAAAUUUGACCAGCUCAUCAUCCCGAGUCCCGAGUCGUGGUGGGUGCGUGCGUGCGUUCGAUCCUUCCCUCCCGUGAUGCGGUGACCUCGCCGCCGGCGGCCGCCAUGACCUCAUCCUCCUCCACCUCCUCCUGGUUCUCCGGCAUCGCCCGCGCCGCCGCGUCCUCCAACCCCACCGCCCUCUCCUCCUCCGCCAUGCCCCCCGGCGGCGUCGCAUCCGCGCCCUCUCCUCUCUCCGAGGCUAGGGGUGGCGGAGGGGCCGUCGCCGCCGUGGCUGGCGCCGGGUCGGGCGGCGGCGCGGGCGGGAGGAGGAGGCAGCUCCAGGGGACGCUGUUCAAGUACGGCCCCAAGUCCGCGCAGGUUGCAUUUAGAACUGGUGAUUUUAACCACCAGGUGAUCUUCAUCGGUGGUUUGACAGACGGGUUUUUAGCAACUGACUACUUGGAACCUUUGUCACUUGCAUUGGAGGUCGAGAAAUGGUCACUGGUCCAACCAUUACUUUCUUCAUCAUACACUGGAUAUGGAAUUUCCAGCUUAGAGCAAGAUGCCUUGGAGCUAGACCAACUCAUCAGUUUCUUGAUAAACAAAGAAAAUUCUGAAGGAGUAAUACUGCUUGGUCACAGUACUGGUUGCCAGGAUAUUGUGCAUUACAUGCGGACAAAUUUUGCAUGUUCCAAGGCAGUUUCUGGCGUCAUUUUGCAGGCCCCUGUAAGUGACAGGGAGUAUAGAGCAACACUUCCUGAAACUGCAGAAAUGAUAGAUUUGGCAGCAAAAAUGUUAAGUGAGGGCCAUGGAAUGGAUUUAAUGCCCAGGGAAGCAAAUCCCGAUGCUCCAAUUACUGCCUACAGGUACCACUCUCUUUGUGCAUAUAUGGGUGAUGAUGACAUGUUCAGCUCAGAUCUUAGUGAAGAUCAGUUGAGGCAGAGACUUGGUCAUAUGUCAACGACACAGUGCCAGGUUAUUUUCUCAAUGGGGGAUGAAUAUGUCCCGGAAUAUGUUGAUAAGGGGGCACUUGUGGACAGAAUAUGUCGCGCGUUGGGUGGUGCGGAGAAAGUUGAAAUAGAAUGGGGAAAUCAUGCUCUCUCCAAUAGGGCGCAAGAGGCAGUUCGGGCCAUUGUAGAUUUUGUUAAGAGAGAGGGGCCCAAAGGGUGGGACGAUCCAUGGAGCUAGAUACAGCAGCCAUAUGUAACCUGUCUAUCCUUUUCUCUCCUAGCAAAGCGUCUUUUAUUAUUAUUAUUUUUUGCAUUUUGCUUGAUCAUUUUUUAUAGCAACAUCCCAAUUUGUUUAGUUUUGUUGACUUAGUACGCAUCAUGUACUCAUUUUUGUUUAGUUGUGGAACUUUAUGUACAACAUUUGAAUUUGUAAAUUGUAGUGAUUCUGCAUCUCACAUCUCGUCUUUCCAAUUAACAUUGGUUAAACGGUUACUACUUCAGUAUUUGUUUCCAAACACUCUUCCUGCGUAAAGUUGCAAGUGCUGAAAUAU